AUGUAUGGAUUGUCGAGAUAUAUACUACCACGUGCACCAGCUUUACGGCAGAAUUCAUCGAUCGAUUUCAGUUACUUUACCGGGGGAACCCUGAGAGUGACUGGUUUUGCUGAUGGCCAAACUCCUCCGGAAAUUACCAAAAAACACGAGUCUGAGCCUGGGCUCUUUGAAGUCCAGUACGGUGGUUUUAAAGAUUGUGAUAUUGUAAAGCUAGAAGGAGUACUCGUCAGUGCUGACAACGUCAAGGAAACUGCCAUCUCCUUCAGUACAAAUCUUGAAUGUCCUUGCCUAGAAGGCACUGGUCAAGGCGAUCCACACUACAGAACGCUGGACGGAGUGAAACUGACAUACCAGGGGGAGCAUUGCAGUUACGUCGUCAGUAAAGACUGUCAAAACAAGACGGCAUCAUUUGAAAUCAUCGCAGUUCACGGUUCUUCGUUACACGACGGUCAAGUCCGUCGUAUAAUCGGCACGGUCGUCAAAGCUGGCAAGCACAUUAUCAUGGCGGGAAAGGGUUUAACAACGCUCGAUGGUAAACAAAUCGACCGUAAGAAGACUCUGAUGUCACCGGAUUUAGAACUACUGAUGUAUUUCCAAGAUGGUUGGUUUACUAUACAGUCCAUCAAACAGCGUUGGUUUGUCCAGUGGAGCGAUGAACGUCGUUUCAAAUUUGGUAUCCAUGCAGACUCCUUAGUCGCUAAACAUGUAUGCGGAAUACUUGGCAAUGCAGAUGGCACUAAAAAUAACGACAUGACAAUGCCUAAUAAGGCGAAAACCAAAGACCACAACAAGUUCGGCAAAAGUUGGCAAGUUCCAGGUUGUGAAUACACCGAUCUGUUCGCUGAUUUCUAA